AUGUCUUCAUUGAACGAACAAGUGAAGGCUCGGAAACGAAGAUUAGAAGAGCUGAAAAAUCGCUCGGAGCAUGCCAAUACUGUGGAGGAAGCAAGCAAGAAAAGCAAGAACGAAAUUGAAAAAAAAAAUCACAAUGGAGAUAUAGGAGUCCCCCUGGAAUAUACAGACUACACUGUUGAGCAACUAUCUUCUAAAAUUGAGAAGGAAGUUUUAGAAGAAUUAAAGAAAACUGCAGAUGUAAUAAUCACAAAUUUUGCGAGAAAUCAAAGUCAACGAAGUAAGAGUAUCACUGCAAAAAGAGUAAAUGACAAAAGUGUGGGUUUUCCUGCGACCUUUCUGCAAGAGAAGCUGGAUGAAUUGGAUAGAAGGACCGAUGAUCAAAUAAAGAGACUAGUGCGAAAAAAGUUGAUGAAAGAUGCAAAGAGCGAAAAUUAG